AUGGCUACCCCUAGUGUCCUCGCGUUUGACGCUGAGGGUCGAGCCAUUGACUUUGAGGUCUGGGUCGACGACCUGCAGCUGUUCUUACAGUGCGAUAGGGCAGACGGUCUCUCUCUCUUUGACCUCACCUCUGGCGCCUCUCCUGCCCCUGCUGCUGAUGCUGACCCCACUGUUCGCUCCCAGUGGGCCACGCGCGAUGCUGCUGCACGUCUUGCUGUGCGUCGCCACCUCCCUACCACUGAGCGCGCACACUUUAGUCAGUACAAGAGUGCUCAGACCUUGGGUGUUCUCCUUCCCCCCUUUUGCCCUCUGUCGCCUCUGCCGCUGCGGCCGACCUCGUUGGUCUUGAGUCGGUCGGUGCGGCGUCUGCCCCUAGCGGGAGACGCCGCUCUGGCAAGGGCAAGGGGGGCAAGGGCGCGGGUGGAGCUAGCGGGGGCGGUGGAGGUGGCGGUGGAGGCGGCGGAGGGAGUGGGGGUGGCGGUGGGAGUGGUGGCGGGGGUGGAGGUGUCGGUGGCAGCAGUGGAGGCGGAGGCGGCGGAGGCGGCGGCGGUGCUAGCGGAGGCGGCGGUGGUGGCGGAGGUGGAGGAGGCGGUGGUGGAGGAGGUGUCGGUGGUCGGGGUGGCGCUUCGCAGCGGAGCAGCCCUGGUGGUGGUCAGCGCGAGCAGCAGCAGCAGCAGCAAGCAGCGUUCUCGGGACAUUCCCCCCCCUCAGCAGCUCCUGAUGAGGGUGACUGUUACCGGUGUUUCCCUGCCCGACCCGGGCAUUGGUACUGCUGCUCUAGGUGCUGGUGAGGCUGCUGCUCUAGGUGCCAGUGCGUCUGCGCCCUCAGGUGCUGGUGAGUCUGCGCUCUCAGGUACCACGUCGGCUUCGGCCUCCCUCACCUUCACACUUGACUCAGGGGCUUCUCGCUCCUUCUUUCGAGACCGCACCACACUCACGCCGCUUGGUCGGCCGGUUGCGGUCUCCCUGGCAGACCCCUCUGGGGGUCCUGUCCUCUCUCACUUCUCCACUGUCCUCCCCGUGUCCGGCUGCCCCCUCUGGCACCUUGUAGCUGCGUCGGGUCAGGUGUUUGCUGCAGCGUCCAGGUCUGGUCCUGAGUCUGCCCCCUGCUCGUGUCGCCUCCUGUCUCACGAGACUCUCCUGUGGCACCACCGUCUUGGUCACCCCUCCCUGCCUCGUCUCCGAGGCAUGGCUUCCCGUUUCCUUGUCUCUGGUCUCCCCCGGUCCCUCCCUCCCCUUCCUCCCGGGCCUGGUCCUUCCUGUGUUCCCUGUGUCGAGGGGCGGCUCCGGGCUGCCCCUCACUCCUCUCAGUUUCCCCCGACAGAGGCCCCGCUGCAGACGCUUCACAUGGACGUGUGGGGCCCAGCCCGCGUCCUUGGACAAGAGAGUUCUCCUCUGGCCUUCUGCGAGCCUUCUGCCGUGCGCGAGGCAUCCGCCAGACCUUUACGCUUCCUGGACUCUCCACAGCAAAAUGGGAUUGCUGAGCGCCGCAUUGGCAUGGUCAUGGACGUCGCUCGUACGUCCAUGAUGCAUGCGGCUGCCCCCCAUUUUCUGUGGCCGUUUGCGGUUCGGUACGCGGAGCAUCAGAUCAACCUUCACCCCAGGGUCUCCAUGCGGAGACCCUCCCUAGCUCUGCAGUGGACGGGGAAGGUAGGCGAUGCGUCUGGGUUCCGUGUCUGGGGAUCUUGGGCGUUUGUCCGCGACUUGUCUGCGGAUAAACUGUCCCCUCGUGCUGCUCCUUGUGUCUUCCUUGGCUUCCCCCCUGACGCACCAGGGUGGCAGUUCUACCACCCCUCCUCUCGUCGUGUUCAUGUCCUCCCAGGACGUCACACGCAGUCGAGCCGGUCGAGGUUGCUGGUGACUCUGGUACUGCUGCGGGUGCUGAGCCUGGGGGUGCUGACUCUAGGGGUGCUGCGCGAGUGGGUGCUGAGCCUGGGGGUACUGAGCCUGGGGGUGCCACGUCUGGGGGUGCUGAGCCUUGGGGUCCUUCGCCUGGGGAUGCUGCGUCUAGGAGCUGCUGAGCCUGGGGGUGCUGCGUCUGGAGCUGCUGAGCCUGGGGGUACUGAGUCUGGAGCUGCUGAGCCUGGGGGUGCGGAGCCCGCGGCCGCUGGACCUGCUGGUGUGGCGUCUGGCGGUAUUGGGCCUGGUGGUUCUCCGGGCGUACUGCUGGAGCUGGUGCUUCUUCGGCUGCUGAGGGUGCUGGUGCCGCCGGUCUCGGAGGUGCUAGCCCUGGGAGUGCUGGAGCUGCUGGGCCUGCGAGUGCGACUGGAGUCGGAGCUGCUGAGGGUGUUGGCGCUGAGGCUACUGCUGUCAGUUCCUAGCGGCGGUCCUGCUGCGGGUGCUGCUGGUGCUGCUGGAGGUACUGGAGCUGGAGGUGCUGUUGGCGCUGGUGCUGCCACUGGGGGUGCUGGUGCUGUCCCUGCUGUGUCUGGAGUCGCCGCGCGGCCUCGGCCGUACUUUUCACGGUCACAGUUACCGCCGGCCUCCCCACUGCCUGCUCCUUCUCCCUACACUGGUCCUCCUGCAGGUCUUGCUGAGCGUCGUGAGCCUGCGUCUCCUCCUGCGUCGCCUGUUCGUGCUGCUCGCGCUAGUGGUCGCGGUUCGCGUCAGCGUCCUCCUCCUGUCCCUGGCACGCACCGGAUGUCUCUGCCUCCGUCCACUGCUCCUCUGCGUGCCCCUUUGCCUUCUCCUCCUGAGUCCUCUCUUUCUGCCCUUGCCGACCCGGAGUCGGACUCUCUUCGUGCUGCCAGUCCUACUGUCACGUGUCUCCUUGCUACUGUCGUCACUGACCCCUCUAUUGAGUCCACUGCUGCGUCUUCUCUUGUUGCUGAGCUCGUCGACUUUGCUGUUCGCUGUCGUCUAGACUACGCUGCUAGUCUCGUUGCUGAGUCUACGUCUGUCUGUCCUCCGUCCGUCGGGGGUGAGUGUGCUCUUGGCACGGACGUCCUUGAGGACAGGCAGGAUGAGUUCCAGUGUCUGGCUGCUGCUUCACCUCAUCUCGUGUCCGUACUGCUUACCCCUGAGGGAGACCCGGAUGCACUUGACAUCCCGACUCCGCGCUCUUACGCGGAGGCGAUAGAGGGUCCCUACUCCUUCUCAGUGGCAGGCAGCUAUGGAUGCAGAGAUGGCUUCCUGGAAGUCCAAAGGCACCUACGUUGA